UUUGGAAAUUAAAGCAGUAUAAUUGUUUUAAUAAUGGUCAGUUAUUAUAAUUUUAUUGUGCGUUUGCCGAUUAUUAUAAAUUUCCAGUUUUCCGCCAUUGUUCCACAGCGAGCUCAGCUGACCCAUGGCGCAACAGGUCAACCUAACCCCCUUCAACAGUCCCAGUCCGCUCCUCGCCCACCAGUAUAACCAUUCGCCGGGGCUGGACGCAGCCUAUGGCUGCGCCGACGACCCGUGCCGGUUUGUCCUCACCUUCACCGAUCUCUCGUACAGAGUUAAGAGGCCCAAGAGGUUCCUCUUCUUCCGGCGCGGUGCGGAGGAUGCGCUCCCGGCGACGAGGGUGCUUUUGGACUCCGUGUCCGGGGAGGUGGGGACGGGGGAGAUAUUGGCGGUGCUAGGGGCGAGCGGGUCAGGGAAGACCACACUCAUCGACGCGCUGGCGAACCGGAUCGAGAGGUCCAGCCUCCGAGGAACCAUCGCGCUGAACGGCGAGAGGCUGGAAGGCCGGCUCAUCAAGGCCAUCUCGGCCUACGUGAUGCAGGACGACCUCAUGUUCCCGAUGCUCACCGUGGAGGAGACGUUGAUGUUCGCCGCCGAGGUCCGGUUGCCGCCCUCCGUCUCUAAGUCCAAGAAGAAGGAACGCGUGCAACAGCUGAUCGAGCAGCUCGAUCUCCGCUCCGCUGCCAAGACUAUCAUCGGCGACGAGGGCCGCCGCGGCGUGUCGGGAGGGGAGCGCCGCCGUGUCUCCAUCGGGUCCAACAUCGUCCACGACCCCGUCGUGCUCUUCCUCGACGAGCCCACGUCGGGGCUCGAUUCCACCAGCGCCUUCAUGGUGGUUCAAGUCCUGCAGAGGAUCGCGCGCAGCGGCAGCAUGGUGAUCAUGUCGGUUCACCAGCCGAGCUACCGGAUCCUCGGCCUCCUCGAUAGCCUCAUCUUCCUCUCUCGCGGCCAGACAGUGUACAGAGGACCGCCCCACGGCCUCGCCGACUUCUUGACCGUGGUCGGGAGCCCUGUUCCGGAGGGCGGCAACCCGGCCGAGUUCGCCCUGGACCUCGUGCGCGAGCUGGAGGACACGGCCCCCGACGGCGCCAUGCGCCUCGUCACCCUCAAUUCCUUGAAUCAUCACCACGCGGGACCGGCAGAACCGUGCUUCCCACUACAGGUGGCCGUUAGGAACAGCAUCGCUAGCGGAAAACUGGUGUCCGGAGCGAUGAUGUACGCCGGUGCCGCCCCUGCUUCGUACGCGAACCCGGUGUGGGUUGAGGUGGCAGCGAUCACCAGGAGGGCGCUGGUGAACAUGUGGCGGAUGCCGGAGAUUUUAGCAUUCCGAAUCGGAGACAUGGCCGUCACCGGCUUCCUCCUCGCGACCAUCUUCUGGCGGCUCCGGGACACGCCUGAGGCCGUUCGCGAGAGAGUCGGCUUCAUCGCCAUCACCAUCACCACCAUAUUCUUCACUAGCGCCGACACCCUGGCUGUCUUCAUCCAAGAAAAGAACAUCUACGUGCGGGAGACGGCCUUCAACGCCUACCGCCGCUCCUCCUACGUCCUCUCCAACGCCGUCAUUACCUUCUUUCCCCUUGUCUUCCUCGCCAUCACCUUGGUGUCGAUCAUCUACUUCGCCGUGGGGUUGGCCGGAGGCAUUCACGGGUUCUUCUUCUUCUUCAUGACCAUCUUGGCCACCUUCUGGGCCGCCAGCGGGUUCGUGACUUUCAUCUCCGGCGUCCUAUCGCAUGUGGUGCUGGGUUACACCAUCUCGGCGGCGGUCUUCUCCUACUUCCUGCUGCUCAGUGGCUUUUUCAUCAACCGGAAUCGGAUACCGCGCUACUGGAUUUGGCUCCACUACAUUUCGCUGGUCAAAUACCCGUACGAGGCGCUGAUGCAGAACGAGUUCAGCUACGGCCUGUCCAAAUGCUUCUCCCGGGGAGUGCAGAUGUUCGAUGGGACGGCGAUGGGGAGCUUGCCGCAGGCGAAGAAAGAGGAAGUUCUGGCUGCGAUCGGGCAAGCUCUGGGGACUAACAUUGGCGACGACACAUGCAUCAUCACAGGGUCUGAUGUGCUGCAGUGGCAGAAAGUUGAUCAGCUCGACAAGUGGAAUUGUGUGUUGGUGAUCGUGGCUUGGGGAUUCUUCUUUAGGCUGCUCUUUUACCUCAGUCUGUUGUGGGGAAGCAGGAGGAAGAGGAAGUAACAGAGGUAGUAAAAGGGACAGAGAAAACGGGAAAUAAGACUUAGGCAUCUUAAUUAUCUUUCAUCUAAAAAUUCAUUAAACCAUACUUUGUGGAAAAUUAAUGCAUGGUGCAGCUUGCAAUAAAUGCUCGAUG